UUCAGAAUAAAAGAAAAAAAAGAUUUAAAGAGAGGUUUUAGUCUGUUUCUCCUUUCCAGAGAUAGUUAGUUACACAAAAAGAUGAAUCAAAUAAUCCGUUCAAGAUCCGUCGCUACCGCCACCGUCAGCUACCUCCGUCACUCCUCCGCACUCGUUCACUCUCCACUCCUCUCCGGCGCCACCGCCACCCCCGUCCGCCACUUCACCUCUCCCGGCCAUGCUUUCAACAGCUACCAAAUCAAGCCGCCGAUGAACUGGGGGAUCCGAAUCGUCCCGGAGAAGAGAGCGUGCGUGAUUGAGCGGUUCGGCAAGUACGUCAAGACUCUGGAGUCGGGGAUCCACUUCCUCGUUCCCGGUGUGGAUCGAAUCGCUUAUGUACAUUCACUCAAGGAGGAAGCGAUUCCGAUUGGGAAUCAGACUGCGAUUACCAAGGAUAACGUCAGCAUCCACAUCGACGGUGUUCUUUACGUCAAGAUUGUGAAUCCGCAUUUGGCGUCUUAUGGUGUUGAGAAUCCGAUUUACGCUGUUGUGCAGUUGGCUCAGACUACUAUGCGUAGUGAGCUUGGGAAGAUUACUCUUGAUAAGACGUUUGAGGAACGAGAUACGUUGAAUGAAAAGAUUGUGGAAGCCAUCAAUGUUGCUGCGAAAGAUUGGGGUCUUGAGUGCCUUCGUUAUGAGAUAAGGGAUAUCAUGCCUCCUAAUGGAGUGAGAGUUGCUAUGGAAAUGCAAGCUGAAGCUGAACGUAAGAAGAGAGCCCAGAUUCUCGAGUCUGAAGGAGAACGUCAAGCCCAUAUCAACAUAGCUGAUGGUAAGAAAAGUUCUGUAAUCUUGGAAUCAGAAGCUGCAAAGAUGGACCAAGUCAAUCGAGCAUCAGGUGAGGCAGAAGCAAUACUAGCUAGAGCACAAGCAACAGCCAGGGGGUUGGCCAUGUUAUCUCAGUCCCUCAAGGAAACUGGUGGCGUGGAGGCUGCGAGUUUGAGAGUUGCGGAGCAAUACAUUCAAGCUUUUGGGAACAUAGCCAAGGAGGGUACAACGAUGCUGCUUCCGAGUUCAGCUGCAAAUCCUGCAAACAUGAUCGCUCAAGCCUUGUCAAUGUACAAAAGCCUCGUCCCCAACGGUGGUAUUCAAGAAACUUCAGGAGUGGAAUCCUCGUCUGGAGCGAAAUAGAACUGGUGAUAGAAGAAGAACUAGGAACAAUAAUAAUUCUUUUGAACUGUGAAGAGCUUUUCAGUGUGAUAUAUGAGAAACAGUUUAUCUUUCUAGUUUGCAAACAGAAAAAAAAAAAACAAAUUUAAGCUCUAAUUUCUGAAAAGAGAUUUUGCACCGAGAGUUAUAGUCUUAUAAUGUUUGGUUUUGGUUAUUUUGCAUCUUCCUUUCAUCUGCAUUGUUUACCAUUAAACAGGUAAUAAUUCAUGUAACAGUACCCCCUUUCGUGCUUGGUUGCUAUUGUCAAGUGUCUAAUAGAGCUUGU